ACUCGAUUCCCUUUUAAGGGCCGAGACGGCUCCAUUUUGCUUUGUCCGGGGGACGCCAUUGACGUCACCCAGCAGGGCACCGCCCGAGAACGAGGAACGCGCCGAGCGGAGCACCCCCCGCAGUACUCCAAAGUGGAGCCGCCCAAAGGAAAGGCCGGAAGCAGGAAGCGGAGGGGCGGCCGGCGGCCACGUGGGCGCUGGAGGAAUGGAGCGGAGCGGCAGCGAGAGGGGCGCCCCGGAAGGACCGUCGCGCUUUGAGUGCCCAGAGGACUUCGCUGUGACCCUGUUUGCUCCUGGGCCGCCCUUCUCCCCUGAGACACUGCAGAGCCCCUCAAAGCAGCUGUUGCUGAUCAAAGCACCAAUUAACUUCAGUCCGGAGAGUCUUGAAGGCCGUGUUGUGCCCUUCCUUGGCUUCCAGACGCUGAAGGUGCUGCAGCCAGAUGGGACACAGAAGGUCUACGGCAUCCAAACGACUCGUGGGGAUUGGAACAGCAGUGCCCGCCUGCUUGUUCCUUCAGGCCACCAGAGCCACCUCAUCGGUGCACCACUUUUCAGCGGCUGCGUGAGCUUCUGUGAAAGAUAUGGGGACCCUGGUGCCAGCCAGCCCCCAUUCCCAGUGGUGACCAGGCCAGCCCCCCAGAUCCCAGAGGGUCUUAAGCAGCGCUUUUUGCCCUUUGGGGGCCAGCCAAAGAGGCCUCCUCCUUUUCUGCAGGAAGCAACAGAUGAGCCACCCCGGAAGAAGAAAAAGAAGCGAAAACUGGGGGUGGUGGACCCCGAGGGGUGGCCGCUGCUUUUGAAGCAGGAGCCUUGGGUGGGUGAAGGGCCAGAGGUGCGUGCAGAGGAACCUAUGGAGGAAGUAACACGUCACAAGCAAAAGAAAGGGGCUGUGGGGGAGAGGGAAGGGCUGUGCAGGCUCAGUGCCAUCAGACAUCUGCAUGAGCAGGAUGCCCAGCCCCACAGCAGCUUGGGGGCCUCCUCUCAAGAAAGUCUCCUUCCUGGAGAGGCUGAGGAGUGGAAGCACUGGAGCAAGAAGAGGAAGAAGGAGAAGAGGAAGGAGGAGGUGGUGGCGCAGGGAGAGCUGCUGUCGCCGCCACCAGAGCCCCACUCCCUAGACCAGCUGCCUGAGCUGGAGUCCCACGGGGGAGAGAACAGCAGCUCCGGGGCAGCUGGGCUGGUUCAGCGCAAGCACAAGAAGAAAAGGAAGCAUGAUGUGGAGGCGUGGGUGGACCCUGGCUCCAUCAAGGCAGAGGUUGGGCAGGAGCUGAGUGGUCCACUGAGCAGCCCUGAGGGCAGCCUGGCAUUACCGAAAGAGGAGCCUACGGUGAGCCUUCCAAGCUGCAAGUCCAAGAAGAAGAGAAAGAAAAGGGGGGAGGGGGAGGUUGUAUUGCCGCAGCCCAUCUCCAUGAAGCAGGAACUGGGGGGCUGGGGUGAGCUGGAGAGCUCCUCUGGGCAACACGGAGGGGGAGGAGGGCUGAGGGGGCCCUUGGAAGCUGGCGUGGAGUGGCCGGGCCAAAAGCAUCACAAGAAGAAGAGGAAGAAGCACAAGAGGGGGGCGGCAGGGCAGGAGCUGGACUUCAUCAAGGAGGAGCUGAGCAACUCCCAGGCAUAAAGCCUUCCACUGGGGCCUCUUCGCAGGGAGGCAGGAACUCCCACCCUGUCCAAGAGCGCCCCCAACCUGUCCACAACAGCUUGCCUGGUUGCUCCAAGCGGCGGAUGUGAGGUAGCCACCGCCUUGGUUGUAGGAAGAGGGGGCAGGCAGAGCUGUACAGCUCCUGUAUCCUUACUCAGGUUCCGUCUGUGCCUCUGGAUUAAAUAAGGAACUGGGAAUUGCUGAUGUGGAAGCAGGAACCAGACUCCCUUUUUUGCUCCCUCGGCCCCAGAAGAGAAAGUGACUAACUACCCCAUUGGUUUUGCCACUCAGUGGUGUUUUAUUGUGAGUUUGGGGAAGAGAAAUCUUGCUGACUGCUAGAAAAAUAAAAGGCUUAAAUGCCCUUUCUAGAA